AUGAAGCGACGACAAUUCCGGGUGACGAAACGGCGGUAUGAGCACCCUAGUGAACGGUUAAUAGCCCUAUCCUCGAUUUCGCCCGGAGACUCAGUAGUGUUUGCCACCCCUCCUUGGGAGCACGCUACCCAUGAUUCUUUAGGAGAGGUGCCUCCAUUCGCUAUUACAGCUCUCGAACUGACACCAAAACCGAUAACCGUACCCCCGGCAUUUAGUUUACGCGAUAUUUGUGCCCGGAAAGUCGGUUCCAUCAUCCGCCAGUUUGACGUCUCCCUCCUCGCCCAAUUGCCUCGUCUGUGUGUCGAACGCAUGUGGAACCAGUUAAUGCUCACUCAGACAGACUCAUUUCACAGUUUUGCAUUGGUGGCAUCGGUUUUAGGCGCCCACUUUGACCCCCAUCGGCGCAACGACCCCACCCUUCGAGGCGACGUUGUGGCCAUGUGCCAGAUCCCCCGUGGGUGCCAUCGGCUUGAGAACGUACCGUUAUCAGUACCGAUUAACCAAUUAACCCGAUAUCUCCCCAAAGAAGCACUUGUAGUGCUUGAUUUGUCAGCUGAUGGCAAAGGUACCUCACCGGUUGUGGGUCCUGCUACCAGCCCCAAAAUGACCAAUGAUGAACGUCUAGGGAUUUAUAACAUUACCAAUUUGGUUGCUCUCAAUUUGAGUGAUACUUAUAUCGACGAUAACUACCUUUACGCUCUUGGACGAGCAAUCGAGGCGGGUAAAUUGCCCAAGUUAUCGAUGCUAUUGCUUAAUCGGUGUCCUCGUGUCACACCCACAGGGAUCCUGUACCUCCUAGGCGUAGCCGCGGGCCGGCUAUGCUACAUGGAGACGAGCCAUUGCCUCCCCUCUCCGUCACACCGUCAUUUCGAUUGUCGCGACCGGAUCUACUACGAUUACGUGGAAAUGGGCGAGAAAAUGUGGUUCAAGUUGGAUGGCGACCGCAGCGAUAUCCGCAUGAUCUACCGGCUCCCCGUGGCCUUGAAACUAUCGCUGAUAUGGGCUCGGUUCCACCACAAUUUGGACCCCGAAAAGCACGCUGAUCUCGAUACCAUCAAGCAACACAUACUUGUGGACUUCAUGUACUACCCUGACGUCAGUAUUAACUUGGAAAGAGGGUGGGCUUAUCGCGCUCGCCAACGAGACCAGCACGGCUAUGGCGUCUACGGGUAUAUGGUGAACGAUCGCAAGGCACCCCCUACACCACCAAUUGCCUUUACCGCCUCUAAAACGGAUCAAAUUAAUCGGGGUGCCACUAAGGCGCUGAGACAACUACGCAAGAAGCUUCUUGGUGACCCUAAAUCCUUCUUUGGGAGCUGA